UGUCUCCGUCGUCGUCCAUGUCUUCGACGGACUCCGCACCCCGAUCCGAACCAACAUCCGACGAGCAGCCAGACUUGGGCGCAUUCACUACGGUUCUACGUGAAUGGACGCACCUACAACCACCCCCGAGAAUCCCCGUUCAAAUACGAUCUGCAACGAGCUCAACAACACCGACAUUCCAGCCGGAAAGUAUCCUUGGCCACUCAAGCGACUUUCCGGCACCCAGCGCCCGCAGCGAUCGACGGCUGAGCGGAGUCAGCACCAUGUCCUCGUUUACCCGUCCCCCGAGCAGCAGUAUCCGUCCAGACGGUUCGACAGUGUGGGCGCAAGCACCGAUCGCUUCGUAUUUGUUCAGCCAGACACCAAGCAACGACAUUGAGGAGGAAGGAGGGUACACACCUUAUUCGGCCGUAUCGUCAGCCCUCACCGUCGAGAUCGCCUCCGAGCGGGACUUUCCUUCGUUUGACGAGGAGUCCAGCCACUUGGACUUUUCUCCGCCAAGUGCAGUUGCAGUUGAGCUGGCCAGCGAUACCCUGCGGAUCGACUCGAGGGUGACUGGGCAUGACGACGACGAGAACGAGGUGGAGAUUGUGUCGACGAAGGACGAGUCAUCACACACCUCAAGAGAUAUCCGAGUGCGCACGCUGACAGCUUCAACGAGUCAGGACGACAUGACAAGCAUUCAGCUGCAGUCUCAACCCCGACCUAUCACCACCACAGCAACAUCGUCGUCGUCCUCACUACCCCUUCUGACUGUAUCUUCAGGGGCAGGAGUCGGCCAACUUCAAUCGCAAGCUCGACCUACCACAGGCUCUUCGUCUUCCUCACUUCCCGUGCCUACUGGUUUGUCGCCUCCUGUGCCCUCAACAUCUUCACAUUCUCAACCGUCUUCAACAACGGACCCCCAGCCAAACCUGAUCCCCAGAAGUCGAAAUCCAAUACCACCCCGCACAAUGUCAGACUCGUCGUACACCACCUCGGGUUCAGCCGCGUCCUCCAACCUCUCGUUACUCUCUUACCAAAUUCCCGAAACGCCUCCCGAAGAGUCAGAGCACGAGCGAUCAACAACGUCUUCGUUGCGUCCCCAGGUCGCCUCUAGCGCCUCAUUGGUUACGCAGCGGGUUCCACCUUCGUCUUCUACUUCCACUUCAACCUAUGCAACACAGGGUCAGCGCCCCUUCCAUACCUCAACUGCCUCCAUUUCGUCAACAGGCUCUCCUCUUCCUAAUCCUCACUCUCCACUGCCAACACCCUCCGAGGUCGUUGCUGUUGAGCCACAUCGUCCUUCAUUAGGGAUGGGCCUUGAACACAUAGUGAGAGAUCUCAGCGGUGUCAUCAACGACAUGGGCACCCCAGACCAGCCCCCUUCCGAAACAUUGCUUUUUGACCCGCCUAGAACCAGGAGGAACGAGUUCGAGCCUAUCGAUGAUGAAGAGGACGAGGACGUUCCAACGGCGACAGGGAGGGCGCAUGGCUUUGGUUUUGGGUACACAGAUCGUUCUUUAGACCAAGGCUCGGGUUAUAUUUCUGGCUAUGGUCACCAUGGCGGGUCAGGACGGAAUCCGCGUGCCUAUGAACCCCAACACGAGGAUUCCGACGAAGAAGAUCACCCCUCCCGGCACCCUUACUCUCACAACCAAACACCUCACCACGCCUUCUCUCACACGCCCAGGGGUGUACCUCCACCUGCAGAACCACAAACUUUUAAACUUAUUCCUACUACUACGUCCAGUUUUGCUUCUCAGUCGACGGGCCAGGCCCUCCAACAGCCUUACGGAGCUUCUAGUCAAACCUUUUCUUCCUCGCAACCUCAGCAUCCCCUAAUCUCGAAUCUUAUAUAUCAGCAGCAGCAACAACAACAACAACAAUCUCAAGUACCUGUACAACCACAAUCUCUGCCUGUACCACCUCAAAGCCAACCUCGAGCAUCAGCUCAAACAUAUGUUGUAUCACAACUUCAAUCAUCUUCAACCUCAAACCUAACUUCUGCCAUCACAUCGACGUUCGCAGACAAGACAGCAACCAGCACACAACCCUCCACACAUAGCAUCACAUCUUACCCGUCACCUUACACAGCAUCCUCUAACCUUCCAAUCAUCCUGGAAAGUAGCCACGGGCAUGGCUAUCCGCGCUCUUUAGCAGGACUACAUUCAUUGCCCACCAACCUCAUCUCGCCCCGGUCGGAUACAUUCUCUUCUACCUCUGGUUCAGGUACAGCGACAGCGGCCGGAACGGGGGCCAGGACGAGCCUCGUUUCCAACUUCAAGGAUUACCCGUACGUCGAGCCUGACUCCAAGACCGGCACCCGAUCUCGUGCAGCCACCAUCGAGGAUGUCGAGAACGAGCUCCCUGAAAUGCGUUUUGGCGCACACCUUUCAGAAGUCGCGGAAGAGCCUCAUGAAUUGCCGUCGUUAGGGUACUUGGACGAGGCACUGAGCUUCAUUGCGGCGGAACGAGCGAGGUGGACGGCUGCAAGGGAGUCAUCGAGUGGCCAGGGCGGUCCUGGAGGAUCAAACGGGGAAGGUGGUGAAGACGGAGAGGCGGAUGGUGAUGUGGGACAGAUGGAUGAGGAUUGGCGACAUAAUCUCGGUUUUGAACAGGAACAUCCGAAACGGAAACGACGGCGCAAGCGUCCGCCGAGGUCCCAUGGACCAACGUCUAUCUCAAUUGUUGGGGCGCUCGAAACCUCCGCGCCGCCGCCGAGUGGCGAUGUCCCGACGACAGUCGACAGCACACAGCAACUGGCGACACCGCACAGCUCGCCUAAGAAGAAGAAACGGACCAAGACAGGCACUAUAGCGUCCUCUGCAUCUGCAUCCGUGCAUUCGCUGCACCUCGAUUCCAAGGAUGGUGCGAAGACUCCGGGUAGAGGCAGAAGUAAGGGCAAGGAGAAGGAGUUCCUCAUUGCUCCUACAGCUGCCGGUAGUUCUGUCACAGGGGGAGUCGAGAAGGAGAGGUCGCCCGUCACGAUUUUGAAGAGGCCUGUUGGGUCUCUUCUUACCAACCCAGUGCUGAGCGACGAUGACGGAGAUUCGGAUGAUGUGGGUGAUGGUGGAAGGACGCCUACGAAUCGUCUCGUAGGAACCUUGCCCCUGGCUGAUGGAAUGACGGAUGGUUCGAGUGCGUCGCCGAUCAACCUAACUGGGAAGAAGGGCAAGAGAGUGGGAAGGAAGGAACGAGAGAGGGAGAAGAUACGUUUCGACGCGGCGAAGAUGCUCGCAGCUACUAGGAGCAUCAACGAGACUGAAGGGGUAUUUGGUGAGGAUACGGAGUUCGGGGUGCAGUACAUUGAUGAUGAUGAUGAUGAUGACGAGGAUGAGGAAGACGAUGAUGACGACGAGGACGAUAGUUUCCAACAACCGGAAGAUGACGAAAACGACAGCAUUUCGAACAUGUCCCUGCUGAAACCCCCUCGGAAGAGACGGGAGCGUAGCCGGCGACGGAAGGCGUCGAAGGAUACAUCACAUAUUCACAGUUUGGCUGGCAUCACUGGCGCUGCAUACAAAAGUACACCAGCGACGCCGAGGGCAUCCACUUUUGCUGAUAACGUCAACGAGACCGAGGAGAGUCCAAGUGUGGAGGCAGGGCAGGAGGCCCAGUUACCUCCAGCGAACGUACAGGAAGGGGACGUAUUUGCAUCGAAGCCCAACGAGGCCACUGGGAGCGAGAAGGAGAGAAGGAAACGGAGUCGGCCGAAACGCUCCAAAUCGUUGGUACACGCGAAAUCAGAACCCCAGUUGAAACUCGAUGCGGAGACUGGUCCGACUGAAGUCGCAGCUGCAGAUGAAGUCUCUUUACACGGUUCCACCAAGUGGAAGAAAUUGAAGAAGAAACCUGACAGCGGAGAAGGCGAGGACAUCCUAGAGAUGGAUAGAAGUCAACUGCAACAGUAUCUCUCUGCCUCGUACAAUUCCCAGUCCGGGCUGCUCACAAAUCUUCGACAAACACAGAACACCCAGAGCCAGUUCCCUCCGGAAAGCAGACGCGGGCGGUUGCUCUCGCUUGGUCGUCAGCUAAAGCAGUUAUUUCCGGAGCAGCGUGAAGAGCUUGGGAGGGUUAUAUCACGGAUUGAGAGACAAGGCGCGACACAAGAGGGGCAAGGAACCAAAGCCAAAAAGGCCGUAGGCAGCGACGGCGUUGCGUCAGGCAGCCACGAAGCUCCUGUGGCCCCGAAAUCGACGCCAGUGUCUAUAUCCGGAGUGAAAAGGAAGAGAUCGAGGAGGAGCCAUGCGAGAACUGCGAGUGAAGGCGCCAAUAUAGAUGGGUUUGAGUUGGACGAUGAUGGGCCUGGAGAUGGGCAUAGUGGUCUGAACCUCGAUGCCAAUGAGGAGGAUGAGGAAAUCGACCCUCGUGGUCGGCCUCCGAAGAAAGGCGACGUACUUGUCCACGUUUUCAUUGACCAGUCAAAUAUCCUAAUCGGCCUUCUCUCGCAUAUCAAGCGAAACAUGUAUCGCAAAGGGCUCAAAGUGCUCAACCGUGGCAAGCCUCCUCCAGUCCUGCUGACUCGAGCAACGACAGCCAAUCCAGCAUCAGCCUUUGCAGCCGUCAAAUCCACUUCUACACGUCCUCUUCCAGUUCCUACUGGUAAUGGGAAGAGUCUGAACGAGUCUCCUUCAAAACGUUCACAGCCGGUGCCCGUGUUGCAACCUGGAAGCCAUCCAAUCCCCCUGCCCUCUUUCGCCACAGUAUCACGCUCCCUUCCCACUGGGUCGGUCUUGAGCAAAUACAUGGCUGGAAAGAACAAUGGGCAAUCAUCAGACCAGGAGAAGGAUGCAACUUCAGAUGGCUACGAGUACCCUGGGACGGACGAUGCUGAAGAAGACAAGGUUGGCGACGAUUCACUAUUCAUAGAAGCCUGGAAGGUCAAGAAGAAGAAGGCACCGAAACACCUUUGGCAUGCUGCGUUGGCUUUCAUCCUGGAGAGAGGCAGGCCGAUUACACGCCGUGUUGUGGUCACGUCAAGCCCUCUGUAUCAACCGAUGGAGAGCAUAGAGCGAUUAGGUUAUGAGCUGCGUGUCUUUAUCAGAGUUCCUGAUUAUGGCGAUGGUAUGGAUCGCGAACGACAUAAGGACAAAGGAGCUUUCAAGACUAACGGAGGUGCUAAGCCAACGAGCCCGGUCAACGCCGUCCCUUUCGCAGGGCAGAAGUCGGCCAAGGGUCAUACACGACGUAUCUCGGGCAGUACCAGCGCCGAGAGCGGCAGCGGACCAGGAUCAGGAAACGCCUCUGGCGGUACAAGUUUGCACCCCUACUCUGGAAUCACCAACAGUAUUACUCCACAAACCAAAGUGAAGUACCGAGAGCAGGGAGUCGAUGAGUUGCUGCAAUUGAAGCUUCAUCAAGCCUUAGCGGCUACCGACGAGGUGGUCGAAGGGUCCACCAUUGUCCUCGCCACUGGUGAUGGUAACAUGGGACAAUUUAACGAGGAUGGCUUCCUUGGCCCUGUUCGAACAGCUCUUCGUCGUGGAUGGAAGGUGGAGCUGUAUGCAUGGGAAGACGGCUUAAGCCGUGCAUGGAAGCGCGAAUUUGGCGAUGGCAGUGAAUGGGGUCGUAAAGACAUGUUCCGGGUCAUUGCCAUGGAGCAAUUUGCUACCUGGUUGGUUGAGUCGGUUGAUUGGGCUUAAA